GUCAGUCGUGUGUCGCAAGUCGUGGAAGGUGCUUGAAAGCAUUGAACAGAGAUCUACAGAGAGGCAAAAUGGUGGCUCUACCUGAAUUAAAGAGUGAUUUGCCUUCGGAUACGGGCUCAGAGAAUCUGAUCAUCGAAGUAGACGGCGAACGGAGGCCGACAAAGCGUUUUGCCUGGUACUAUGCCCCCACCUACCUAUUGUUCUGGGUGGGGCUCUUCUUCGCCGUCAUAUACCCGCUCUUCCAGAACCUUCCCACUGGACUGAAGAUCUCCCAGGAGUCGGAUAAUCCAGGAAAAUUUGUGGCUGAGAGAGCCCAGGCCCAGUUGUUGGAAAUAUCCCUACUAGGACCGCGGUUGGUAGGCGAUACACCCAACGAGGUUACUGUUGUGAAAUAUCUUCUGGACGAGAUUGAAAAAAUCCGGCUGUUGAUGCGGGAGGACCUCUACGAGAUGGAAGUGGAGGUGCAGAGGGUCUCCGGAUCGUAUGUAAUCAAAGGCUUUACAAACCACUAUCAGGCGGUGCAAAACGUUCUCGUCAAGUUGAGCACUAAGAGUUCCAAUAGUACUAACUAUCUUCUGGUAAACAGUCACUACGAUACCAAGCCAGGAGCCCCAGGUGCCGGAGAUGAUGUGUCUAUGGUUGUGGUGAUGCUGGAGGUCUUGCGACAGGUUGUCAUAUCCGAGGAUGAAUUCUUUCAUCCCAUUGUAUUUCUUUUCAACGGCGCAGAGGAGCAGCCUAUGCAGGGAUCUCACGGAUUCAUAACCCAGCACAGAUGGGCCGCCAACUGCAAAGCUCUUCUCAACAUGGAUUCUUGUGGCGCUGGCGGUCGAGAAAUGCUCUUUCAGGGAGGUCCUGAUCAUCCAUGGCUCAUGGAACAUUACAGAAGCAGUGCUCCUCAUCCAUUUGCCACGACCACAGGGGAGGAGGUGUUCCAAUCUGGCAUUAUUCCCUCAGACACGGACUUUAGAAUAUUCCGCGACUUCGGAGUAGUCCCAGGACUGGAUAUGGCUGGCGUCUAUAAUGGAUUCGUUUAUCACACGGAAUUCGAUCGGUACACUGUGGUGUCACGUGACUCCCUGCAGCAUACCGGCGAUAACCUGCUGGCCUUGGUUAGGAGUAUUUCCAGAUCGGUGGAAAUGUAUGACACGCUGGCUUACUCCGAGGGCCAUGCCAUAUUCUUUGACUUUAUUGGCCUAUUCUUCGUGCAUUACCAGCAGUCCACGGGCGUGGCUCUGAACAUCACCUUCUCGGUGGCGGCUAUAAUCUUUGUGUGUGCCUCUUUGUGGCGCAUGUCCAAGGUAUCUGGCCAGACAUUGGGCACCUAUGCCGGGGCCUUUGGUCUCUUCUUCCUGCUGGCACUGUUUGGAAUCGUCCUGGCCUUGCUGUUCCCCGUGCUGAUGAGUGUUUUCUACGAUGCCGGCGAUCGAACGCUGACUUAUUUCAGUAACAGUUGGCUAGUGAUUGGCCUGUAUAUUUGUCCCUCGGUGAUCGGUCUGGUCCUGCCGGUCACCCUCUAUCUGACCCAUCGUCCCAGUCUCAAGAUCCCGCACACGUAUCAGCUGCAGAUAGUGGGACAUGCAAACUGUAUCCUUUUGGUCAUAAUGUGUCUGUCCUUGACGGUUCUGAAGUACCGCAGUGCCUAUCUGUUCCUGAUCUCGCUUGUAUUCUACGUUGCAUCUCUGAUUAUUAACCUGGCAAGCCGUUUGCAUUGCAGAGGCUACCUCUGGUCGGCAUUACUGGGCUUAAGUCAGAUAGUUCCGUUCCUGUACCAUGCCUACUUAUUCCAUACGUUCAUCAUAAUUCUUCUACCCAUGGUGGGUCGUUUUGGAGUUUCCUCCAAUCCGGAUAUGAUUAUUGCAGCCCUCGUCGCAAUCGGCACGAUCCUGUCUUUAUCUUUUGCGGCCCCAUUGAUUAAUAUCUUCCGGCGACCAAACUGCAUGUUGGGUGGGCUGGCCUUAGUUAUGUUUAUUUUUUGCAUGAUCUCCGUUUCGGAUGUGGGCUUCCCUUACCGGCCCAAGACAAAUGUAAUGCGAGCGGACUUCAUGCAAGUACAUCGGCGCUUCUUUGAGUACGAUGGAUCCAUGAGCCUUGAGGACUCGGGCUACUAUUUCCACCUAAACGACCGCAACAAGGAGGCUCCGCUCCGGAAAACUAUGAAUCUCACCGGACUGGUGCGCAUGGGUGAGGACUGUGACGACAACGAGAUGAUGUGCGGUCUUCCCUGCUACCGAUUCUGUACUGCGCGCCAGCAUGCUCUGUGGCUGCCACGCGAGGAACUAGUGGAACUGCCUUAUCCCACCACCCUGCAGCUCCUAAACAAGACGGUGCUUUCCGAUGGCUACCAGGUGCGGUAUGAGUUCCUCCUGAGCGGGCCUCCGAAUAUGGGUCUCUUCUUUCAGCCGCUGGACGGCGUGAAGAUUCUGGGAUGGACCUUUGCCCAUAGCAUGUUGGAGAACCCUGCCACCUACAGGCCCCCGCUGAACGUCCUUCUCACUUACGGAAUAGACAGCUCACCCACCCAUUUCUUCGUAGAAUUCUCGAAGUACAACGGAAAGUUCGAUGAACCUGUAUUCGAGUUGGGUGUGUCGGGUCAUUACUUCAGUCCCACGGCCAAGAGGGACGACCUGACCCGUGAGUUCCUGGCCACGCUUCCGGACUUCGCCUUCGCCGUGGAGUGGCCCAGUAGCUACGAGCGAUACAUAUUCUAGGAAUGUACAUAUUAAUUGCAUUAGCCCCACUAAGAUACCAUUAACAGUCAUUGACACACACAAAAGGUUGCCCAUUGAUGGUAGUUGUGAGAGAGAGGGGAGAGUGGGGAGGCGGUAGGGGCAUUUGGUUAAAUAUUGGAAGCUGCAUUUCACAAUGCAACGUCGGGGCAAACAAAAAGACGCGCCAAGACACUCCGAAUACGGGGAAUGGAAACACGUGUGCAAACAUUGGAGGAACUGGAGGCCACCUGCCACCCAUUAUUGUACGGAUGUGUUUCCGUAUAAAUUGUGCUCCCUGGUCCACCAGAAGACACACUCAGAGUUCAGCAGCUCAUCUGUCAAGUCACAGCUACCAAAAAAGAACCACAAAUAAUUAACAACAUGAAGUUCCUUGGAGUCCUUGUCUUUGCCGCUGUUCUGGCCAUCGCUGCUGCUGGCACCGCUACUGGUACGUCAUCGCCACCGGCUCCGUUCACCACCCCGACCACGCCCUCGUCGCCCUCGACCACCACCUAUACCUACACCACUUCUCCAACCACACCUACGUACACAAGCACAUCCGAGACCACCACCACGAAGCCCUUCAAGCAGCAGCUCCUGUCUCUGCUCUUCAACAAGAAGACCGGAUAGAGCCCUCGCCUGGACCAGAGAUGCCGCCACAUGGAACCAAUCCAACUCACUCGAUUAGCCAAAAAAUAAAAAUAUACCAAAUCUAAAAACAAA